AUGGGCAUCCAAUCGGUGACACAGCACUUCAACAAGAGGCUCUUUGCCUCCGUGUUCCUCAUUGCCGUGUCGCAGUUCAACUAUGGCUUCGACAAUCAGGCCUUCACCUCGACACAGGCCAUGGACGCCUUUGAAAGGCAGUUUGGCGAGUACGACGACGCGACAAGGCAGUGGAAGAUUCCGACAUACUUCUUGUCGUUGCUGAAUAGUCUGAAUUACAUUGGCUUUGCUGCCGGCCUUGUGAUUGGAAGUCUGACUAGUGCACGCUUCGGUCGUCGCACGACUAUGAUCGUUAUGAGCGUAUACGCCCUGAUUAGUGCCACGGUCGUGGUCACAUCCACGACGAAGGAACAAAUUCUUGUAGGCAGAAUCCUGAACUAUGUCUACGUUGGAUUCGAACUGGCUGUGGUUCCCGUAUAUCAGUCAGAAAUCGUCCCCGCUCCAGUUCGAGGAAUGGUCGUUGGAACAUACCAACUCUCCAUUGGCCUUGGUGGCCUUGUCAUCAACUCCAUCUGCCGAGGAACAUCGAGCUUCCAAGACAGUCGAGCCUAUAGAAUCCCCUUCGGCCUCUUCUACGUUAUCCCAUCAAUUGUACUAGCUUUAAUCUGGUUCAUUCCAGAGUCUCCCCGCUGGCUCCUCCUCCGAGACCGCGUCGAAGAAGCCAGAAAAGCCCACCACCUCCUCCGCGAAGGAACCAUGUCCGAGAACGACAUCUCCAACGAGUUCGCAAAGAUCCAACAAUCCCUCCUUGAUGAACCCGAGCAAGGCCGUACAAAGGAGCUCUUCCAGGGCGUGAACCGCAAACGCACCGCCAUCGCCGUCGGCAUGUCCUUCUUCCAGCAGGCAACGGGCCAGGCGUUCGCAUCGCAGUACGGUGCCGUCUGGGUAAAGUCGCUUGGCACUUUAAACCCGUUCGAUGUCACGCUGGGGUCGUCGGCGCUGACGACGGGGUUGAUUAUUACGUGUUUGUUCUUGACGGAUCGGGUUGGGCGACGCAAAAUUCUACUUGUUGGUGCUGCGGUUCAGACAGUUGCACUAUACACGAUGGCCGGCCUCGGCGUACCAAGGCCUGUACCCAACGCCAAUAAGUCAGGCAUGGUCGGCAUGCUCCUUCUAUUCGGCGCCGGCUUCGGUCUAGGAUGGGGUCCCCUAACCUACGUAGUGGUAACCGAAGUCCCAGCACUCCGCCUCCGCGACCGUUCUCAGCGCGUCUCCUCUCUCGUCAACAUCUUCAUGAACUUCCUCGUUAACUUCACCCUGCCCUAUCUCCUCAACGCACCCUACGCCGCGCUACAGAGCAAAGUCGGCUUCAUCUUUGGCAGCAUCGCCGUCUGCUCGGCGUUGUUUGUCUUUUUCUGUGUACCAGAGUGUAAGGGGAGGAGUCUGGAGGAGAUUGAUCGCAUGUUUCACGACGGCGUGCCGGUGAGGCACUUUGGAGAUUAUCCGAGAUCCGAGGUACAGAUCAACGCGGCCAAGGUCGUUGAUGAGGAGGAUGCUGGUGAUAGGCAGCAUGCACCAGAGGAAGUCAAGUGA